AUUAUACCACUAAACAGCCACAACGAGUGCAUUAGUUCUCCCAACUUACGCCCAAUUGAGCACGUCUGAAGUCCAAAAUCGCCUUUUUCCUCCAUCCAGCACACGGGCCCAAACGGCGCCAGUCUCGCGAAACUGUCGCAACGGGGAAUGCCGGCGCCAUUCACCGCUUACGAUUUCGGCGCAACACGAGAAGUUGGCGAGAGGACGAUGAGGGCUCUCCGAAUCAACAUUUAUUCAUGAGUGAGUAAUUGAGAACCACUUCAAUUGUCAAUGAGUCGUCAUCAGAGGUGGCGAGUGUUUGCGGAACGCGACCAAAAUUAGUGAUUUGUGUUUCAAGAGACCUUGAAAGAUGGCCUAUCAAGGCUAUACUGUGACUGGAUGUCCAUUGCAAGCCAUGGCCAACUUGACCAACAACCUCUCUUCCACGUCUUUAAACGAUCAACCUUCUGUGAUGUCGACACACACCCCUCCCACCUACUCAGAAGUGCAAGUGACUAUUAAACACAAAUACAUGGUACCUGGUGAGCACAGUAAUUUGGACACUCCAAGUCAGACCCGUGAGAGAGCCCCCAUUCUAACCCCUUCGCCGUGUUCGUCUGAUUCGAAUGUGGGGCCCCACCCAAGUGUGCAUCAAAUGCACUAUCCGCCAAAUAUGAACUAUGUCACAAACCCUAGUUACGCCGUUGCUCACACUCAAAUGACGCCCAAUUACGCCUACUACGGGCAAGCUAAUCAAGGAGUGACAAGAGCUUCUUAUGAAGGUUACGGGGUCCAAACCACAAAUAAUCCCCGUUUUGGGUAUUAUCCCUAUUACCCUCAGUUCGCUCCUGCUUCUCCUGGUCCUCCCCCACCCCCUACUCAUCCUUAUGUGCCAACGGUAGCUAUGAAUGCCUACCAAGGCCAUGUUAACCCCAACAUUGGCCCUUAUCCUCAACAAAAUCCAGUUCAAAACGAAGACCGUGAAGUGCCGCGUCAACAAGUGAAAGGCAAAAGCCGUCCAUAUAAACAAGCCCGUUUGCUUAAAGGACUUCGCGUGAAGAAGAUUCAUUAUUGUCCUUUGAUGGAGUGUAGGAAAACGUACUUCAAGAGCUCUCAUCUCAAGGCCCAUGUUCGAGGGCACAACGGGGAUCGACCGUUUAAGUGUAAAUAUCCUCCGUGUAUGAAGACUUUCACUCGCUCCGAUGAGCUCACGAGACAUCUGCGAACGCAUACUGGAGAGAAACGAUUUCAUUGUCCCAAAUGCGGCAAAGGGUUCAUUCGAUCCGAUCAUUUAGGAAAACAUGUCAAGAUCCAUGACAAACCCCCCAAAGAGCCUGGGGUGUUGGCCAAAAGGCGCGGUGUCAAAGGUGCAAAAGCUGUCCCGGGGGUGAAAGGUGCUAAAGGUGGAAAGGUAAAUCCUCCAGCACCACCACCACCACCACCACCACCACCACCUCUGGAUUUAAAUGAGAAUGUCGUGAGCUCAACGAGCCAGGAUAGUGGUAGCCAUUCACCGCCCAACUCGGUCUCGCCCCAGAAAGCUUUGAAUACUAGUGGUGGUAUCAAUGGUAAUCCGUCCUCAUCAUCCAUGUUGAAUAGCAUGGAAGAGAAAGAGAAUUUCAUCUCCGGAAGUGUCAAUGUAGACUAUCGCAAUCAAUUCCAACCUCAGCCACUGACGGACAAUAACACACAUCAGAGGGGAGCCCAUUAUUUGGCACCCUUAAAUCCCCAAUGGCAGCAAGCAUCCUCGGCCUUCCACAAUGUGGCUCCUACUCAAAUUCAGGGGGCGACAUCAACGGGAUAUUGCGAUUUCGCCUAUAGCUCGCCUUCGCCAACGGCUUCCAAUUGCUCAUCGUCGUCUUCACUGACUCAUUAUGGACCUUUCGACCAUGGCUGUGAUUUUGAGAAUAAUGUCAAUGGCAGUAAUAACACUGCCAUGCUAUACCACAAAUACUAUGAACAUGUCCCUGCCAUACAAGCAUGGUCUAGAGGGGGAGCUACGUGAGGUUCCGUCCAGCAUUGCCAAUCGAAACAUUAUCAACGGGCAUAAAAAGUGCCAUGAUCUCAUUUCUAAUUUUGAGCCCGGUCAAUAAUAAAGACAUGUAACGUGCUUUCAAGUUUACUUCCU